AUGCUUUUGAGAGAAAUGACUGCUAAACCAAUAUAUUUCAGCAAAUUUUUAGUCACUGGACAAGUCUUCUACAAAUCAAAGUAUUCAUAUGCACUAGUGAAUUUAAGGCCCAUUGUACCAGGUCAUGUACUUGUAGUCCCAUUGAGGACGACGGCUUAUGAAUUAAAUGAUCUUACAUUAGAAGAAUCACAGGAUUAUUUCAGAACAGUUCAAUUAAUUCAUGGAUUUAUUAAAUGGCAUUAUAAGGCAGAUUCCCUUAAUAUUUCGAUUCAAGAUGGUCCUGAAGCUGGACAAUCAGUGCCACAUUUACAUACUCAUAUUAUACCACGUUAUAGGUUGAAUAAUUGUGGUGAUUUGAUUUACGAGAAGAUAGACGAUUGGACGUUUGAUGAGAUUUGGGAAAAGAAAAGAAUGGAGUAUUUGGGAUUGGGUGGUAGAAAUCAAAGGAAACAAGCUAUGAAACCGGAUGAUCAAAGAGUUAAUCAAACUAAGCAAGCUAUGUUUGAAGAAAGUAAAGAAUUGAGGCUAGCAUUUGAAACUUAUUUAGAGGAGAAUCCCAAGUGGAAAGCAUGGUUAUGA